AUAAAAAAUAGAUAUUAUCAAUAUGAAACGGAAAAAAAAAUGUUAAACUUUGAAAUUGCUUGAAAAAUUUGUGUGCAUGGUUUCUAUCUCAUCUUAUGUAGCUGUAGAACUUGGAAAAGUACUAGUAAUACUAAUCAUCAACGACAUUAUGCAGGGAGUUCAGGAAAAAAAGAAUGACUAGCACUGCGGUCUUAGCACUCUACAUCACAAUUUGUUGUGUCGUAUUCAUUAUAUCGAAGAUUAUAAUCUCGGUGCUCCUAUAUAAAAGAUGGGCAAGGAAGCGAAGGUUUGUUGAGGAGAGUCUAUCAGGUGGAAAGAUCGUGAUGUUUCGGUCUACAAUAACACAAUCUCUCAGUUCAAAAGCUUUCAUGAAGAAGACGAUGAAGCUAACCAACAAGGAUAUCAUUGGCUCCGGAGGAUAUGGCACAGUGUAUCGGCUGGUCAUUGAUGAAUCACUUACGUUUGCAGUAAAGAGACUAAACAAGGGACAUAUAGAAAGGGAUAGAGGAUUUGAAAGAGAGCUAAAUACUAUGGGUGACAUAAAGCACAGAAACAUAGUUACCCUUCAUGGAUACUAUGUUGCACCUCAGUUUAAUCUUCUGAUUUAUGAGUUGAUGCCUAAUGGAAGCUUGGAUGGAUUCCUCCAUAGAAAAUGGAGUGAUGAGAAACCUCUGGAUUGGCAAACAAGGUACAAAAUUGCGUUAGGAUCAGCUCGGGGUAUAGCAUAUCUCCAUCAUGAUUGUAUCCCUCAUAUAAUCCACCGGGAUAUUAAAUCGAGUAACAUACUUCUCGAUCAAAACAUGGAGGCUCGGGUAUCUGAUUUUGGACUGGCAACAUUAAUGGAACCAGAGCAGACUCAUGUUUCUACAAUUGUUGCGGGAACAUUUGGUUACCUAGCUCCUGAAUAUUUUGAUACGGGGAAAGCAACAACAAAAGGAGACGUAUACAGCUUCGGUGUGGUUCUGCUUGAACUUUUAACUGGAAAGCGACCAACAGAUGAAUCAUUUAUCGAGGAAGGAACGAAACUAGUCACCUGGGUGAAAGGAGUUGUUGAAGAUAAGAGGGAAGAAAACGCGAUUGACAGAAAUCUUGUGCUUUUUCCAGUUGAUGAAGUCAAAAAGGUAUUUGCAGUUGCAGAAAAAUGCCUAGAACCAGAUCCAUCAAAGAGACCAGACAUGGCUGGGGUUGUAAAGAUGUUGGAGGAAAUAACUCCAUACAAAGUAUAGCUAAGAUGCUCGAGGAAAUAACUCCUUACAAAGUAUAGCUAUUAUUUGUAUAUCUUAUUUCUCUAGUCUAUAGAAUAGUUUCAUUAGUCAAAUUCAUCAGAAAAUUCUUUCGUGCCUUGCAAAAAAUCACUAUUCAAAUUGCAACAUAUAGUGGUCUAUGUACAUCAUCACCAUGUAAAAUUGCUGUCCUAUAAGAUGGUCUUAAAUGAUGAGCACACUCUUGUAAAUGAAGACUCGAGGUACAAUUUCAGAACAAAGCACCAUAUUUUUCAUGGAAUUAAAUUUAUCUAUCUCAUAGAUUUUAUUUUUCUCAGUCUGGUGGUUGUUUCACAAGAGAAUACAAUAAAACAUUAUGAAACCCUAACAAAAGUAUAAGGGGAACACCCAACAUAAUACACAAUAAAACAGCUUUAAGUAUGGUUUGUAAUCAAAUACAAAUACAAGACAACUCAUGGAAAUCAAAUUCUGAACAGGGAUUAAGAUCUCAAUCUUAACAAAGAAAAUAGUAGACACCAACUAUUUUGCCAAUUCUCAUGAUAUUGCUACUAUUUAUUGUUAGAGCAUGAUUAUGAUUCUCCUACGCCAUCCUUAGCUGUGUAACUCAAAGGAAAGCUACGGCCUUGAGAACCAUGGC